AAAUACAUGAGAUUGUGGAGAUCAACCAUUAUAACUCAUCUUACAACACCAUUGGCGGUGUUUUCCAGCAAACAUACCAGCAAAUUCGCCAUGACCACAUCGUCGGAGAUCGGCGGCAGCUUUAGUGCACCGAGAUUGGUCGCCAAGAAGUUAUUGGCCAAGAGCCAGAGCGAAGGCGACGGCGCAGUUGUUCGGAGAAGCAUCGGAAGGCCGGAAUUGAAGUCUCUGGAUCCUUUUCUUCUGUUAGAUGAAUUUUCUGUUUCACCCCCAGCUGGAUUCCCUGAUCAUCCCCAUAGAGGAUUUGAGACUGUUACUUACAUGCUAGAGGGAGCUUUUACCCAUCAAGACUUUGCUGGCCAUAAGGGUACUAUCAGAGCUGGUGACGUUCAGUGGAUGACAGCAGGAAGAGGAAUCAUUCACUCAGAGAUGCCUGUAGGCACAGGUGCCCAAAAGGGCUUGCAACUGUGGAUCAAUCUUUCCUCCAAAGAUAAAAUGGUCGAACCAAAUUAUCAAGAAUUGUUAAAUGAGGACAUUCAAAGAGCCGAAAGGGAUGGAGUGAAGGUUACGAUCGUUGCAGGAGAGUCAAUGGGCGUCAAAUCUCCGGUUUACACUCGAACUCCAACAAUGUUCCUCGAUUUCACUAUAGCCCCAGGUGCCCAAAUGCACCAACCCAUCCCAGAAUCUUGGAAUUCAUUUGUGUAUGUUCUUCACGGAGUAGGGGUGUUUGGGUCCAUGGAUUCGUCACCGAUAUCGGCUCAUCAUGCUGUCGUGUUGAGCCCAGGAGAUGGUCUAAGCAUAUGGAACCAUGGGUCGAAACCGUUGAGAUUCGUGCUGAUCGGAGGGCAGCCGAUAAACGAGCCAGUGGUUCAGUAUGGGCCUUUUGUGAUGAACACCCAAGCUGAGAUUGAUAUGACUUUACAAGACUAUCAUUACUGCAAAAAUGGGUUCGAAAGGGCCAAGCUUUGGAGAUCUCAGUAAAUUGGUCAAGGCUCAUUUGUUUGUUUAUUGUUUACAAAGGCUCUUUUUUUCUUAUAGUUUAAUUCAAAUUUAAACGAUUGUUCAACUUUUAUCGAAUAAAGUAAAGAAAUUAUAGCAACAUAAUUUUGUAUUAUAUAGUUUGAUGUACCUUAUAUUGAAAUGCAAGUUUAUUCUAAA